AUGAAUAUGUCUGUCACAGAUUUAUCCGUAGGUUGUCGUUUUGCUGAUUAUUUUGCAAUAUGCGGAUUAGAUUUCGAUUCUGGAUUAGAAACAGACCGACUUUCUGGUGACAACUUACAUAUUUCUCCAUUAGAUCGAUCAUAUAAGGGAAAGGUUCUAGCGCACUAUCCUGAUAAUAUUCACACCAAUUCCUUUGAUGAACAUGCUGUGUGUAUGCUCUGCUUGCCAGCUGGACUGCAAUUUCGUACACAGAAGCACUCCUUAGAACCAAAGUUUCAUAGUUUUGUUGUUACUAGAGAAAAUGCAUCUCGAUACUAUGGUUACAGCCUUAUAUUUUAUGAAGAGGUUAGAAACCGUAACAUAUGCAGUGCAAUGCAUACUCUGCAGGCGAUGUAUAUAACAGAACUAUCUAGUGGUCAAACCCCACCAGGUCACAGAAAGAAUUCCGGUAAAGAAAGUUCUAGAUCACUGCCAAGGUCUUUUAAACUUACACCACACACGGGAUCAGCUCUCACUUAUUAUGAUAUUACCAAAGAUAAACUUUAUGUAGCCAAAAGCAUAGCUCUCGUAUGCCAGUAUCCCUUUAUAAGGGUAGCACAAUUAUUCUUAGAAAAUUUGUUUAGGUCUCUCCCAAGACAGCCUGGUCCGGGAUUAAGUCCAGAAUCAUAUGUAUAUAAUCUAUUAUAUGAAGUGCCAGUACCACUGCCAGGGCAAGCCUUACGUCUUUAUGUGCCACCACCCGAGCCACACUUAGAUCCUAUUCCUGUUGUGAUAAGAAUGCCAAAUCCACCAGAAGAGUUACCUCUCCUUGAUUAUCCAUUGCGUGUAAUGUUCAGUACUUUGGGUGUAGAAUGUAUUGUACAGUUGUUCACUUGCGUCCUCUUAGAGCAUCAAGUACUCCUCCGAUCCAGUGAUUAUAAUAAACUCAUGUUAGUGGCAGAAUGUAUGGUCUCUUUAUUGUUGCCAUUUUCUUGGGCCCAUGUGUACGUGCCAAUUUUGCCAGCUCCACUAUAUCACUUCCUGGAUGCUCCAGUACCUUUUGUUAUGGGUAUACACUCUGAUGGAACAACUGCUUCUUCGAAUGGUCUUAGGAAUAUUGCACUUGGUUCUGAAGCAGCUCUAUGCUUGGUGGAUAUAGAUAAACCAGAUAUACAGCUUCCUGAGGAGUUACCCAUAUUCCCUCAUAGAACACCCUUCAUUGAGGAGCUUAAUCAUAUUCUGGAUAAACAUCAGAUACAAAGACCAGAAACUGAACCAACGAAACUUGGUGUUCCGCUGAAUGGAACUUCAUACAAACAUAUGAAUGACGGAAUGAGUAGCAGUUGUACUCUACCCUCAGGUGGUCUCCGACGAAAACAUUCCUUUGGUGACGUCUUAGAGUGGGACGAAAGCAGGCCCCUGAACGCGUCUCCUCCAGGUUCACCUACACGCAGACAUCCAAGAAGAUUGGACGCUUUGCAGAGGAUCGUCGACAUCGUAAAGCGAACUGGUGUGAACAUAGACGACGUGGAUGCAGAAACUGUUAUGCCCACUGCGAAGAAAAUAAUACUCAACGAUGAAGAUCAGUACAAUGAGGAUUUACGCUUCAAUGUAACUAUACGGGAGACAUUUCUUAACAGAUUUGUGCAUAUGUUUCUCAUGUAUGAGAAUUUCGUCAUAAUGCCAGACCAGGACAGAGACUCUUGGCUGUCGUCCCGUGAAUCAAUGGUAAAUUUCGACAAAGCAUCCUUCCUCUCGGAUCAGCCUCAACGACAUCGGCCUUUCCUAUCUCGCUUUUUGGAAACUCAAAUGUUCGCGACACUCAUAGAUAACAAAAUAAUGGCGAAUUGGGGAGAGUACGACGCCAAUUUACAGGUCUUUGAACAUAGAAUCAAAAUAGUGCGACGUCGACUGGGUGAAGGGGGACUCGCGACACGCGGUUACAGCGUGUGGGCGGGCGCAGCCGGCUGCGCAAAUAGCAUGUGGAGUCCCGCCGAGCUAGAAGUUGGCGCGCCAGGGGAAAGGCUUCCCCACCGAGCAGCGUACUAUCGCGCUUUCCCCGCGCGCUUAGACGCGAACGCUCUCGCCCCGCCACCGACUUCGGACCGCAGAACGAACAGUUUGAAGCGUAUAAAAAAUGCGAAAUGGCAAGUAAAGGAUUGUCCGCCGGAGUUGUUGUUAGGGGACAUCGGUAGACGUCUGUCCACCGAUGUUACUCCAGCGGCCAUCGCUCAGAACAAUAGGACGUUUGUCGAAAAGCUUCUUAAGGAAUGUAAGAGCAAAACGAAACGAAUGCUGGUCGAAAAAAUGGGUACGGAAGAAAGUGAUCUGGGUUUAGGCAGUGAAGUCUCAAUAACUGGUAUUGAAGAGAGCACAAUGAUCGCGUCUCUUUGUGACCUCCUAGAACGGUUGUGGUCUCAUGGUCUACAGCAUAAGAUGGGCAAAUCUGCCCUGUGGAUGCAUCUGAUGAACUAUCAAGAACUGGAACAGUGCAGCAAUAAUACUAAAGCGAUCGAUCCCAACUAUCUUACACCAGAUCUAUCGUCAGUGGGUGCAGAGGUAGAAGCGCAGCAGUGUACAAGCAACACGAGUCGGUCUCGCGACAGCUCUAGAGGUGGUUCGCGAGACAGUUCUCGAGAUCGUCUCAGCAACUCUAGUACGCUCGAGAGGAGAUCGUCACAACCGCACAACCCGUUGAGACCUCUACCUGAAAAUCUUACUUUUGAUAUGAGGAACGUGCAAGCGAUGACAGAUAUAAAAACAGAAAUAGGCUAUGCUCGUGCCUUUGUGCGUCUGUCUCUUGAGAAAAAGCUACUAUCAAAGCACCUCAGAGAACUGCUCUCGGAUACCACGUUGCUGAGAUCCCAGUACAAAAGAACAGCCUUUUUACGCUGCGAGGAGGAGAGGGAACAGUUUCUUUACCACCUCUUGACGUUAAACGCCGUUGAUUAUCACUGCUUUACAAAUACUUAUCCUACUACUAAAUUACCAUAUCGUGUUCUCAUCGUUCCGUCGCGGAAGGCCAGCCAAACAACUGCUAAUUGCUGGCUCUCAAUAUCAGGUGCUAAUGGCGAGUCUACUCCGAAAAUACCGAUUCCAAGAAACACUAACGAAUUCGUUUUUCAUCAUAAAAAUCUUGGCAUUCUCUCAACCUUACGUAUUGGUCAUGAUAACUCAGGUUUGUCUCCGCGGUGGUUACUAGAUCAUAUCUACGUGAGGAACGAAGUUACGGGACAUACUUAUUUAUUCCCGUGCAACCGAUGGCUGGGCACAGGCGUAGAUGACGGUUCCACCGAACGCGUCUUAGUCGCGGCCCGUUCAAGGGCUCGACAGUCGAGGCACGCUGAACACGCCCAACAAGUGCUCUCGCCGACCACUACACAUCUGUCCACUUCAACUAUACAACACAUGAUCGGUGAUUGUGUGAAUGCGAUUGUAAAAUGGCAUUACCAAUCGAAACGGGAGAAGGACGCUAACUCUCUGAGUGUCCUGCUUUGCGGCGAAAACGGUCUGGUGAAAUGUCUGGAGCAAGCUUUUCUGUGUGGAUUCAAAUCGGCGAGACUUUUUGGAAAGAAUCUCUUUAUUUGGGACUACUUUAUGAGAGUUAAGGAUGAAUUCAAAAUGAGUUUGUGUGAUGAGGGAAACCUUCAAGCGAACAAAAGCUGUGGUGUUGCCUACAAUUGCCGGCAGGACCAGGAGCAUAGAGCCAUUUGGAGAUGCUACUGCCAUCUCAUGGAUGAGAUCAAUUCCGUCGGUAGAACUCUUGGGAAGGACGGAAAGUUUCAGCUGUUUGUAUGUCUUAGUUUGCGUGAACAUUGGCUCCAUCGAAUGCUUGUGCCGAUGUCAAUGACUCGCGUGACGGCGGAAAUGUACGAAGAGCAAAGUUUUCUUCGGAAACGCGGAUUACUCACAUUUCUCAGACAAAUACUCGAACCUCUCGAUGAAUUUGAUAUUGUACUAGAAAACUCAUUGACUCAAGGUCUCGAAAUAUUCGAAGCUAAAGAUUGUUCUGUGUGCGUUAAUGGAUGUAAUGCCAGAUUUGAACUCGAACAUAGUCACUGGUUACUGCCUUUUACUUAA